AUGGAUCAGCUUGCUAGUGAGAAAGAGGGUGCCCUAGCCAACCUGGCCUCAGCUGAGGCUCAGCUUCAGGGAGUCAAAGUAAAAAAUCUGGCCCAAGCCAAGCAGAAGAGAAAACUCAUUCAAGUGGACAUAGACUCAAUCCACCAACUGAAUGACGAAGAAGAGGACGAGGGUGGAGAGUCGGCGUUGGUGACCAGAACCAAGAAUCCAACUGAGGUGGUCAAGUCUUUUGAACCGAAAACCUUGCCUGCUGAAGAGGAGACUCUGAAGAAAAAUGUUGGCAAGGCCACCGAGUCUCCUAAGAUCGAGAUUAUUCCCUCGCCGUCAACAAGUACACCGAAGGGGGUCACUCCCCCUCCUCUACCAUCUUAUUCUGAGGAGGAAAUAAAGGACGCUCAAGCUCUGCGAACGCCCGACCAGAGUAAGUUCCUCGAUGAAGAUCCUUUCCAGGAUUUUUUUACUGGGGUCGAUGAUGCCACCUGCCUCAAUGAUGCAUCUACCCUCUUCGAAGAGGCUCAUCGUAUCUUCUCUCAAGCCAUUGCUAAGUUUAUAGCUGAACAGAGCAAAUUUGAGGCCGAGCUCAAGAGAUCCUCGGAUGAAGGGAAGGCCCAUAGGCUCUUUUGCAGUAAAAAAGAGGAGGAACUCAAGGACAUACGCGCAGAUUUGGCCAAAGCUCGUCAAAAUGAGGCCGAGCUAGACAAACAGUGGAAGGAAAACAUGGAUUGCUUUGCUGGUGAGAAAGAGGUUGUCCUAGCCAACCUGUCCUUGACUGGGACUCAGCUUCAGGAAGUCAAAGUAAAAAAUGUGGCCCAGGCCAAGAAUAUCGAUGAGCUCGAGGCCAAACUUGAUGCAACUGGGGCUGAGGUUGCUGAAGUUAUGGCCCAGAUCAAGAGAACGAAGGCCACGACUGACAAGAUAAUUGUUGUGUACCUAAAGUAUGGCAAGGAUGCUUAA